UCAACGCUAUUUGUCCUACACACUCUCUCAGAUUCGAAGAACCAAUCGUAGAGAGAAACAAAAAACCAGAGAUGGAGAGACUGUCAUCUCUGUUAUUCCUGUUAGUAGGACUAUUUGCUUCCAAAUGGAUCAUCGUUCAUACUCAGGUCUCGAUCCCGCCAAAGCUAGACGGCUUCGCCUACAAGAACCGGCCGGCGACCACCGAUUCGGUGAUGAUUGAGGCCUUCUUCGACCCGGUCUGCCCCGACAGCAGGGACGCCUGGCCCCCUCUCAAGCUUGCCCUCCAACACUACGGCUCUGCCGUCUCUCUCAUCGUCCACCCCUUCGCUUUACCUUACCAUGAUAAUGCGUUUGUUACUUCCCGUGCCUUACAUAUUGUAAAUAAGCUGAACUCUUCUGCUACGUACGACUUGAUGGAGUUGUUCUUCAAGCACCAGGAGAAGUUUUACAACCCACCUACCUUCAACAUGUCCCGGGCAUCCAUUGUGAAUCACAUAGUUAAGUUUGCAAGCGAAGGAAUUGGAAAUUCUUAUUAUUCUGCAAUUGAAUCUGGCUUUAGUGACCGCAGUACUGAUCUUGCAACAAGGGUUUCUUUCAAGUAUGGUUGUUCGAGAGGGGUGUCUGGGACGCCUUUUUUCUUUGUUAAUGGAUUUCUGUUACCUGAUGGUGGCUCGGCCAUACACUAUGAGGACUGGAGAAGCAUCAUUGAUCCUUUGAUUGGCAUGAAGAGGGAGGAACCACCAAUACAUUUCUUCUUAUGAAGAAUUGGGUCUUGUGUUACACUGUAUCAGAUCUUUAAGAAUUUAUUUUGAUUUUGUUUGUUUGAACGCUAAGAACAGAGCACCCGGAAGCUACAGUGAAUAAGAUUUUGCCAAAGGAAUGGUAAGUCAAUCGAGAAAGUGUAUCAAAAUAAUUAAUUCUUGAGAAACUUUGGUGCAGUUGCUGUUGUUUCUUGGGUGAAAUGUCAUGAAUUUUUAAAUGAACGAACGAGUAAUGGUUGACUUA